GCGCUCAGGGGAAGUUUGGGGCGCGGGGUGUGGAGCCCCAAACGCGCUCGCCCGGACCCGGCCUCCGCCCCUUUCGCGUGCUGGAAGUUUGCGGCCCGGAGGGCCUCGCGCCCUGGGGUCCCAGGAGCGUGGCCCUCGCGGGAAUGGAUAAGCUGGGGAACUUCGACAUCUGCUGUGAAGUCCAGCUGCCCAUUUCUGGUGGAAACACCCUGGACUCUGGGAACCUGGAGUCCAGUACUCAUGGGAUCCCAAAAUCAAUCCCCCCCUCCCCCCUGCCUUCUGUACCCGGAGAAGGCUGGCCCCUGGGGACCUGGCUUAGACAAACCCCUGAGGGUAGACCUCGAGGGGAAAUGUGGGACUCUGGCCUCCAGCCCAACCCCUCCCAGUCCCAAACACCCUUUUUCUGGUAGGAAUGGAUAAACUCUAUUGUACCCUCCACCCCCCUGGCUUCCAAAGGGUUUGUAAGGAUACCCUGGAGUCUGAUCUCUGGCAGCAGAUGGGAGACCCUAAUGGCUGCCCAGAGCACACUGGAAGCCAGUAAGGGGGAAGGUACAGUACAACUCCACUGAUGCAGAGCACCAAGGUGAAAGUCCUUGAACUGGCCCCACGCUCUCUUGUAGCCCCAGUAGAGUCAAUAUGGGGCCCCAUCAUGCCCCUCAGUGAAGCCUGCAGCUUGAGCAGAUAGCAUGGCCUGCCACUGGGGGUGAACACCAUGGCUACAGGAGGUGGCCGGGCCUUUGCUUGGCAGGUGUUCCCAUCCAUGCCCACCUGCCGGGUAUAUGGUACAGUGGCAUUCCAGGAUGGGCACCUGCUAGUUCUAGGGGGCUGUGGCCGGACUGGACUGCCUCUGGACACUGCAGAGACACUGGACAUGGCCUCACAUACUUGGCUGGCACUGGCGCCCCUGCCCACUGCUCGGGCAGGCGCAGCUGCUGUGGUACUGGGCAAGCAGGUGCUAGUGGUGGGUGGAGUGGAUGAGGCCCAGAGCCCAGUAGCUGCUGUAGAGGCCUUCCUGGCUGAUGAGGGCCGCUGGGAGCGUCGGGCCACCCUCCCUCAGGCAGCCAUGGGGGUUGCGACUAUGGAAAGAGAUGGUAUGGUGUAUGCACUGGGGGGAAUGGGCCCUGACACGGCCCCCCAGGCCCAGGUUCGGGUGUAUGAACCCCGCCGGGACUGCUGGCUUUCGCUGCCCUCGAUGCCCACACCCUGCUAUGGGGCUUCUACCUUCCUACAUGGGAACAAGAUCUAUGUCCUGGGGGGCCGCCAGGGCAAGCUCCCAGUGACUGCUUUUGAGGCCUUUGAUUUGGAGACUCGUACCUGGACCCGACACCCAAGCCUGCCCAGCCGCCGGGCCUUUGCUGGCUGCGCCAUGGCCGAAGGCAGCAUCUUUAGCCUCGGUGGUCUGCAGCAACCCGGGCCCCACAAUUUCUACUCCCGACCACACUUUGUCAACACUGUGGAGAUGUUCGACCUGGAGCAUGGGUCCUGGACCAAGCUGCCCCGCAGCCUGCGCAUGAGGGCUAAGAGGGCCGACUUUGUGGUUGGAGCCCUUGGGGACCACAUCGUGGCCAUUGGGGGCCUUGGAAACCAGCCAUGCCCUCUGGGCUCAGUAGAAGGCUUCAGCCUUGCACGGCGGCGUUGGGAAGCACUGCCUGCCAUGCCCACGGCCCGCUGCUCUUGCUCUAGUCUGCAGGCUGGACCCUGGCUGUUUGCUAUUGGGGGUGUGGCCCAGGGUCCCAGUCAAGCUGUGGAGGCACUGUGUCUGCGGGAUGGGGUCUGAAUGUUGAUGGGACCUGUUCACUGAUGCAGCUCAGUGACAGAAGCAGACAUCUGUGGUUCUUCUGCUGCUGAGGAAGCUCACUGUGGCUCUGUGGGAUGAGGUGGGGCACUUGAGACAUUGUCUUGGGGACUUGAGGGUUGCCUUCAUCUUUAGUGCAGGACACAUAUACGCUUACACCCUUUACUCCCGUUCAUUCAUGGACCAUGCCCAGCUCCACCCUUGCUCUGGAACCUACUGGGCCAGAAGUGGGAGAGGGCAGAGCUGGCCUCAUGCUCCACAAGGUCAGUGCCUACCUGGAGUAUAUCAGGCCCACCCCAAUGGCUGUUCCUGAAAAAUCCUGUCAGCCUGCCUUGAAGGCCCCUUUGGACCCAGGAGAGUUCAGAGAGGGUGGGUACACAGAGGGGUGGGGGAGUGGAUGCAAGGACCUUCAGAGUGCUAGAAGAAUGAUGGCUUGGGCCCUAUACACUGCUGGCUGUGUGACCUUGGGCAAGUCAUUUCACCUCUCUGUGCCUCAGCAUCCACAUCUGUAAAUGGGGAUCUCUGAAACCUUCCUACCCUACCUACCUCACAGGGCUGUUGUGAGGAUCCAGGAAGUUCAGAUGUGGAAGUAAAAGUGCUGCUAAAUCUG